UGUUGUGACAGCGAGUAGAAAUGUAAACAAUCUUAUCUCGUCAUCGGUCGCUAUUGCGUGAACGGAUCGAACAGGAAAAAGUCGCAGUGUGUGAUAUCUUGUUUCGCUCCUUUCCAUCCCAGCGAGUAAUUACGACCACUAAUCAUAGGCUAUAUAGAGCGUUCCAUCCGCAUGUCCUGCUGGUGCUUAAUAAUUGCGACUGCAUCUAAUCCGAUCUAGCCCGUAACAUCAUUCACCAUUCCUGUUGCCCGAAAGUUUUCUCUCUUUGACCCUCGACGUUCCAUUCCCCGUGCACUAUGCUGUUUACGCUUAUGUAUUUCGCUAUCACCAUACGUACAUCGUUAAGAUUUAGAGCCAUAAGAAAUAGCAUCAAGCAAAUACUGACCGAUCGCUACGCUGUCAGCUUUUACACUACAUCUAAUGGUGAUUUGACUGCGGCACUCGAUUCUCCCGAUGCAUCGUCCGCUGCAAACGUGUCCUCCUGUAUUUGGUUUUUGCCCGAUCAGCGCGGUUGUCUUGUGUAUCCAGUGCGACGGAUAACACUUGCCGAUUGGUUCAGCGUUCCGGAGCAGUUAAAAUCACACCUCGAAUGUCCUACCAUCAACCUGAGCGAACUCAUUCAAUUGGUCGUAACGUUGGAAGGCGCUGUUUGUCAAACGCAACCGAAGCGGGAAGAAGUUUCCACCGUAAUGUUGAGUCGAUUUGGACGCUUUUUAGCAUGGAACAAUCGGAAGAGUCGUAGAAUGGAAGUGGUGCUUGAAACUGAUGCAACAAAAUUGUUUCAGCUGAUCGUAGCAACGUUUGGUAGUGGACGAUUUGAUUUGGAUUCCGGACGAUUGAAAUUGGUACAAUUGGAAAGUGUCGAAACGUCGGGGGAACCGAUGCCUUUCGAAGAGUGUAUGGAAAAUAUCUCAACCGAUUUACUAUUGAAGCCUAGUGACUUUAACACGGAUGCGUGGCUUACGGAUCUCCUUGAGCUUAAGCGGAAUGAGAUCGAACGUCGUCCUACGAACUACCCAACGGUUGGAAUCCAACCGGAUAUUAUUUCAUCUAAUGACAUUAAGAUUUCUUUAGAGACGAUAGAUGGAACUGUACUUUCUAGCCAAAGUCGAGCCGAUUUACUCUCGAGCGGAAGCAAUUCUCGCAACCGUUCACAGCUGGAUUUAACCGAUGGCUUAACGCCUGUAAAUGGUCACGCUCAUGCUGACUGUGCGGAGGACCCUGAAGUCGUUGCUAUGUCUAGAAGCACAACGGAAGAAGUGAUGGAUAAGCACACUGAGAAAGAUACACGGAUUGGUGGUACUACCGUUACCAUGGUGAGCAAUGAUGAAGAAGUGCAACCAAAAACAGUAGUUCCACCGUCAGUAGAAACAACCAAUGCCAAAGACACACCACCAUCAACUAUUGAACCACCGAAAGCGGCUGUGGAAGUAAGUUCCAACGGUACGGUAAAACAUCAAGAUGCUUGUCUCAAAGCCAAAACGAUUCCGCCACCAUUACCAAGUCCAGUGACGGCAAAGAGCGAAACGACCGUACCGCCAACAUCGAAACCAAUACGCUCGUUGCGCAAAAGUUCAUUUCCCUCCAGUCGGCUUAGAUUGGGUACCGGUCAAGCAGGCGUUGUAACGAAACCACCGAAUAUUCUAGUCCACUCCGAUAGCAGCUCAACGAUGGAAUACGUUAUAGCGACCUUAAACAACCUGCUAGAACCGAACACGUACACCAUUUAUCCGAUCACAACGGGGCAAGCGAUGGCAAGCAGCUGGCAACAGAGCACGGUACUGAUAAUCGUAGCCGGUACACUCGAUGUGGAGGUGCGCAAGAUUUUGCUCGAUUACUUCCUGCACGGAGGACUUGUGUUUAGCUUGUGCUCGGAUAUGCUCGAUAUCAUACUGCCUGAUUCGAAAACAGCAGAAAUUCGUGAACGUGAAUUGGUUAGCUUUUCAUACCGUAAAUGGAAACAAAUUAAGAUGCUUCAUCACAUCUUCUGUUAUCAGCUGUCACCGGCUAAGAAACAAUUUUCCCUCGAAUCGGAAGAAACAUCUACCUUGCUGCCGAUAUCGUAUGUGGAUGUUACCGAUCGCAAGGGAAAACCACAUUCUCUCGCUGUGGAAAUAUUGGCACAGGAGGAAACAUGGAAUACACCCAGCAUUCUGGAAGCUCACAACAGGAAAACAGGCGGUAGGGCCAUAUUUUCACAGAUACAUCUUGAACUGGACCCUUCUCAGUUUCAAUCCAACAUCGAUGGUGCGGACAAUUCGCUUCAAAAUUCAAACCAAUUGCGCUUCGAAAUAUUAAGCGACCUGUUGGGAAGCCGUAUCGGACUAAAGUUGCGUGAGAAGAGCGGUGGUACCGAUGAGACGAUCGUCUACAAAAAUUCCUACUUCCUGGGAAAGCAUGAAGCAAAAGUAGCGAUGCUAGAUGCACUGAAAAGUACCAUGAGCCGUCCAAAUGUAAUCCAAACCGCAGAACUUACGCUACAGUUUUGUGGCAAAGGGGACAGUACACCAGUUCCAGCAUCCGAUUCACAUCUGCCGGUGAUGAUAUUUCACUGUCCGGAAGAUUUUUCCACCGUGGAGUACUUUGAGAACUUAACCACGCAGCAGAUAGGUCGUAUUGGAAUCUACGCACCAAUCAUGACCAGCUCCAUGCAGAUCGUGUCCAACCUUACUUUGGCCCACGGCUUCAUGGUGAUUGCACGCUACCAAACUAAGGGCAAGGGUCGAAAUAAUAACCAGUGGCUGAGUCCUCCUGGUUGUGCCAUGUUUUCACUGCAGCUACACAUCCCGAUGAACAGUAUGCUUGGUCAACGGUUGCCGAUAGUGCAGCAUCUCGUAGCGAUUGCGGUAGUUUCAGCCGUCCUCUCACUGCCCGGAUAUGAGAAACUAGAUUUAGGAUUAAAGUGGCCUAACGAUAUCUACGCGUACGGCGCAUCAAAGCUUGGCGGAAGCAUCUUCAACACGCAAGUCGACGCAACUGUUGCAAUAGUGAAUGUCGGCGUUGGCUUUAAUUUAAACAACAGCAAACCAACACUCUGCUUAAACGAUGUUAUUGCACAGUACAAUAGCAAACACUCCACCACGCUUCCAUUGCUUUCGUAUGAAAAAACAUUCGCCAUUAUUUUCAACAAGCUGGAAGAAUUGUACGAUCGGGUUGAGUGCGAAGGAAUUGAAGUGCUUCAGCAGGAAUACUAUCGGCAUUGGUUGCAUCAGGAUGCGGAAAUCAGCAUGAUCGGAUCGGAAGGCGAGUCGUUGCAAGGCACAAUCAUAGGCAUCGAUGAGUACGGCUUUCUGUUAGUCAAAAAACAACCGUCCGGCGAUAUCGUAUCGGUGCAUCCGGAUGGCAACAGCUUCGACAUGAUGCAGGGAUUAAUAGUUCCCAAAUUUAAUUAGACAACAGCGUUAUUGCUUUUGAUCGAAUUGAUUAAUUAAUUAAGCUAAUUGUUUGCCGAUCAGGAAAAUUACCAUUCCCUAUAUGCUGCUGUUACUUUUUCCCAAUGUAAUUGUAAUAGAAUAUGUGCUUAAGAAGCAGACUUAGAAUCAAUUUAGAACUAGCUUGUUGCAUAUUGACAAUGUUUGGGCUUAGUUAGACACUAGACUAUUUAAUGUGAGGGUAAUUGAAUGGGUAAUUGUUUUACUAUUAGGAUAAUUCUACGUACUGCCGCCAGUAGCUUGAUGGUCUUAAAGUGUGUGUUUUUACAACAUCUACAUGUGUCUUUCGAUUUCCUUCUUCGAUUUAAAUUCCAUCACUCAGUGAAAAGUAUAUACCUUAAACAAUAUAGAGUGUUUACAUACCUUACCUCGAUUUUUAAAAGGAUAUCCUCACCUAAAGAGUAUAAAGAACAUUCUAAUUGUUAAACGUGAACAACAUCUAUAUAUGUCAAUACCGCUGUAUUUAUGGAAAGUCUUUCAGUCGUCAAAGAUUAGAUAGUAGAUAAAGAGGAAACCAUAUUUAAAUGCAGGUGCGAACUAAAGAUUGUUAACACUAGUUGUAUUUACUGCCUGAUGGCUUUGUUGGUUAGAUGGGUGUAUGCCUGUUUGCUUACGUUUUUCUAAGUUCCUAUGAUCGCAAUACUCCUGUUACAAACAAUUGUUGCAAUUUUAGAUUACGAAAUACAUGAUAAGAGUCAAUCGUAUACAAGAUGGGGGCGAACGGAAGCAAGGAUAAAAAUAACAUUUUCGAAAUUAAAUAUUUCACUUUAAAUGAAGAAGAUAACAAAAUUAAUCAUUCAUAUCAUUGAAAGCACCAAUUACAAUUUUCGCGUCGUAUUUGAAAUUGAACUACCAAAAUCAAUCAAAAACUUAAUCAAUAGUAUGCAUCUGGAUCAGCUUAGCUAGAAGUGAAACGUAACCUAAAAUAUAAAAUCUACUUAUGUCCAGGUGUUAUUCAAAAUUGCCUGUUUAGGCCACAGAUAAAAAGCAAAUUCAUUUAAUUCCGAUCUUAAUCGAUGUCCACCACAAUUAAGCACAAUAGUAAAAUAAAAGAAUUAUGUGUCCAGCAUAACCUAAA